CUGGAAAAAGUGACAACAGGGCAGAGGGGAGGGGAGAAGCUGGUCAGUGAAGGCCUCAUGAAGCUUCUGAGCUCCAACUUUGUUCCUCUGUUAUCGUCGUGACGCGAGACGCCUCUGAGCAGAGCUCGCCCGGAGCGCAGCACCACCACGACAAGUUCAAAAGCAAGAAGUCACGAUGACCCAGGAACAGUGCUCUCACAGGAACAAUGUCCAGAGUUCAGAGAAACCACAAGUGUACAAAGUGGGAAUAUACGGCUGGAGGAAACGCUGCCUUUACUUCUUCGUCCUGCUGCUCAUGAUCCUGAUCCUGAUCAACCUGGCACUAACUAUCUGGAUUCUUAAGGUCAUGAACUUCACCAUCGAUGGAAUGGGCAACCUCAGAAUAACGGAAAAAGGCCUGAAACUGGAGGGAGACUCCGAGUUCCUUCAACCCCUCUAUGCCAAAGAAAUCCAGUCCAAACCGGGCCGCCCACUCUUCCUGCAGUCGUCCAGAAACAUCUCGGUCAAUAUCGUAAACAGCAACAACCAGCUGCUCACGCAGCUCGUAACAGGAUCCAGUGGAUUUAAAGCACAAGGCAAGAUGUUUGAAGUCAAAUCCACUUCUGGGAAGCUACUCUUCUCUGCUGAUGAGCAGGAGGUAGUUGUGGGUGCAGAGAGGCUCCGAGUUAUGGGUGAGUGUCCAGCGGAAACACCCGGAUGCUCCGGUAGUUACAAACUGAAGUCUACGUUCAAGUAG